AUCACAUGAUCCAUCCACCCCAUUAUGCCGGAAUUAACGCGUAGGGCUAAUCUGGUGCGUAUAGCUACCGCAGGUGCCUCCAAACCUGCUUUUAUUUAGUUGAUCCUGUAUCCCUCCGAAAUUUGGAACCGUGCAGUCUUCCCAUCUGGUGAUGGAGCUUUCAAGUCCUUCCAGAGAGGGGCGUCCGAAGUGCCAGGGCAGAGUGGGCAUCAUGGCUGUCUGCCUCAUGGGAUUGCUUCUAUUUCAGGCAGUAUCGUGGGCCUCAGGUGCCCGCCCCUGCAUCCCUAAAAGCUUUGGCUACAGCUCAGUGGUCUGUGUUUGCAAUGCCACAUACUGUGAUUCUCUUGACCCCCUGACCCUGCCUGACCCUGGCACCUUCAGCCGCUUUGAGAGCACACGCAGCGGGCGCCGAAUGGAGCUGAGUCUGGGGAACUUUCAGGCCAACCGCACGGGCACAGGGCUGCUGCUGACCCUGCAGCCAGAUCAGAAGUUCCAGAAAGUGAAAGGAUUUGGAGGGGCCAUGACAGACGCUGCUGCUCUCAACAUCCUUGCCCUGUCACCGCCAGCCCGGAAUUUGCUGCUCAAAUCAUACUUCUCGGAAGAAGGAAUUGAAUACAACAUCAUCCGGGUCCCCAUGGCCAGCUGUGACUUCUCCAUCCGCGUCUACACCUAUGCUGACGCCCCUGAUGACUUCCAGUUGCUCAACUUCAGCCUCCCAGAGGAAGAUGUCAAACUCAAGAUACCCCUGAUUCACCAAGCCCAGGAGCUGGCCAAGCGCCAUGUUUCACUCUUUGCCAGUCCCUGGACAUCACCCACUUGGCUCAAGACCAAUGGGAAAGUGAAUGGGAAGGGCUCACUCAAGGGUCAUCCAGGGGAUCUCUACCACCAGACCUGGGCCAGAUACUUCAUCAAGUUCCUGGAUGCCUAUGCUGAGCACAAGUUACAGUUCUGGGCAGUGACAGCUGAGAACGAGCCUUCCGCAGGGCUCUUUAGCGGGUACCCCUUCCAGUGUCUGGGCUUCACCCCUGAACACCAGCGAGAUUUCAUCGCCCGUGACCUGGGUCCCAUCCUCGCCAACAGUACACACCGCGAUGUCCGUCUGCUCAUACUGGAUGACCAACGCUUGCUGCUGCCCCACUGGGCCCAGGUGGUGCUAACGGACCCAGAGGCAGCUAAGUACAUUCAUGGAAUUGCUGUACAUUGGUACCUGGACUUUCUGGCUCCAGCAAAAGCCACCCUGGGGGAGACACACCGCCUGUUCCCCGACACCAUGCUCUUUGCCUCUGAGGCCUGUGUAGGCUCCAAGUUUUGGGAGCAGAGUGUGCGGCUGGGCUCCUGGGAUCGAGGGAUGCAGUACAGCCACAGCAUCAUCACGAACCUCCUCUACCAUGUGGUUGGCUGGACCGACUGGAACCUUGCCCUAAACCCUGAAGGGGGACCCAAUUGGGUGCGUAACUUCGUUGACAGCCCCAUCAUCGUGGACAUCACCAAGGACACAUUUUACAAACAGCCCAUGUUUUACCACCUUGGCCACUUCAGCAAAUUCAUUCCUGAGGGCUCCCAGAGAGUGGGGCUGGUUGCGAGCAAGAAGAACGACUUGGACACAGUGGCACUGAUGCAUCCCGACGGCUCUGCAGUUGUGGUUGUGCUAAACCGCUCCUCUAAGGAUGUGCCUCUCACCAUCAAGGAUCCUGCCAUGGGCUUCUUGGAGACUAUCUCACCUGGCUAUUCCAUUCAUACCUACCUGUGGCGUCGCCAGUGAUGGAGCAGAUACCCAAGCAGGAGCCUGGGCUCAGAAUGGACAUUAAAGGGACAGAGUCAGUUCACAUGCUAUCUGUGGCUAAAGAGCGUACGGCAGGGCUGGGGGGAGCUUAAAUGACGUAAGCCCAGAGGCAGUGGUUUGGGUGACUCACUCUCCCCUCUAGUUGGUGCCAGCGGGCUGGAGGCCCCUAGGGAAAGGAUUGGGAAGCCCCAGUGGUCCCCCACCCCCAUGCUUGUGUGAGCGUGUGCUGUGCGCUGGUUGCCUGUGGAAACUGGGCCCGGGCCCAGAGUGAGCUCACUGUCUGUACAAACAGAGGGUGGGUGGGGGGGCGGCGGCGAGAGAGGUUAAGGAAAGGAAGAGACUAGGAAAGCUGGACCCAAAACUGGGAACUGUUUGUCUUUCUUGGAGAUGCAGGACCGGGCUCAUGUAGAUGUCAGCAUCAGGGCACAGGCAGCAAAAGAAGCCAAGCGCCAAGUGGGUAGAUUCAAGCACCCAGAUGGGCCCACCAGCACCAGCUAGGAGAAGUGGCAGCCCCUUAAAGGAGAGAAUGUCUGACCCCA